GAUAUUGAACUUUCUUCCUUUUUCCUGCAAGUUGAAUUCACGGCGACAGAGCUUCAGCUCCUCCCGAAUCCAUGGCUUGAAGAGCUGCGGAGCUUGAGCCUUCCUCUCCGUUCAUUCCUUCUUUUCGUCACCGGAGAGGGUAUAUAACGAUGGCAGCUUCGAUGCCCAGCUGCUCUUUUCACUGCAACUCUGCCUCGGCCCACAGUUCAACUCCCACCAGUCGUUUUUCCUCCUCACCCUCCGCAGCCUGCUUCAACCGCCGUCGCAUUUCACUGGGCAGGCUCGGAGUCGAGCCCGUCAUUGGCUUCAAAGCUCGCGCCAAGUUUGAGAAGUUUCAGGACGAGGCCGCUACAGACAACCUUGAAGGCAGGUCAGAGCCCCAGGAACAGGGGGAAGAGAUUGAAGAAGAUGAGGAAGACGACAGCUGCUUACCCUCCGAUUUGGAGGGUGCAGUUCGGCAAUCAGGUCAAGCAACUGCUGAAUUCGUCUCUUCAGGGGGAAUGAGAGCCAUAGUGGAGCUUUUAAUCCCGCAGCUACAGUUUCUAGAUGAUGAAGGUGCACAAGCAGAACUCUGGGAACUAUCGAGGAUUUUCUUGGACACAAUCAUUGAGGAGACAGGAUGUCAGAGGAUUAAAGCUGUAUUUCCAGAUGCUGGAGCGGCAGCACUUCUAAAGUAUAAAUGGAAAGAUGCUGGUUUUGGGUUUGCCAGCUUAAGUGAUCGAAAGCCCGUUGAAAAGGAAGAUGAGAUUGUAGUCAUGGUAGUUCCCGACUAUCAGAUGUUGGAGUACGUGGAGAGAAUUGCAUCUGCUCUCUCGGAUGACCCGCCAAGGCCUCUCAUUAUGUGGAAUCCACGGCUUAUUAGUGAGGAUGUUGGUGUUGGUUAUAAUGUCCGAAAGUUGAGGAGAUACUUUUUGAGCACAUUUACGACAGUAUAUUCAAUGAGACCUCUUCCUUUGGGUGCCGUGUUCCGGUGCUAUCCUGGCUUAUGGAAGGUAUUUUACGACGACAAGGAUAGACUAGGCAGGUAUCUUCUUGCCAAGGAGAUGAUUAGCCGUCCCGAUGCAGAAGACCUUGAGAUAAUAUUCGGGAAAGUAGAAGAGAGCACAGAAAAGGGUCCUUCUUUAUUUGUUCAAGCAGCAGGCAUCUUCUCCUCAUUGAACCGAUUCAUGAAAGCCAUUUCGAAAUAGAUGUAUAUUGCCCCUAUUGUAUCAUAUUCCUUGUCUUUAGAAGAAUAGGAACGUAUUGCAUCUACAGAAGCUGCAAUAUUCAUGUAUUUUUUGUAAAGUUUGUAAUAUGCAUCUGUUCAUUGCAGAAAUACUAAAGGCAAUGAGAUAUUCUAUUAUUUACACUAUCAUCUGCGA